UUUUAGGUAUGAAGUCUUCAAAAAUGAAAAUGGUGAUUUGUGUUACACACCAGUAGGAUAUUCAACAAUCUAUGAAUAUUAUGCUUACCCAGAUAAAAUCCGUCCAAGAAUUAGUCAAAUGUUAAUUCUACCACCAUUUCAAAGGAAAGGAUUGUGUGCUAAACUUCUGAAUUCUAUUUACAAACACUAUGCCACUAAAUCAGAUGUUAUUGAUAUUACAGUUGAAAGUCCAAACGAUGAAUUUCAACUUGUUCGAGAUUUUGUAGAUGUUACUAAUUUUCAUAGUCUGAAAACUUUUGAUGAAGAAAAAUUGAAAAACUUGCAGUAUCAAGAAAUGGUUAAAGAGUUUAAAAAUCUUUAUAAAAUCAACCAGGUAUAAGUAGUCCGAUUUUCUAUU